UCUCUCUCUCUCUCUCUCUCUCUCUCUCUCUCUCUCUCUCUCAGUUUAUUGAAGAACUUUUCUGCCAAUUUCCUUUUGCAAUACAGGAACAGAAAUGGGAGAAGAAGAACUAGUAAAGGCUGAAUCUGAAGCAUCUCUGGUAGUCACAACACCUCCCAAAGAGUCCCCUGCUGAAGAAAAAACACCAUACCAUGACUUAUUUGAGAAAGCCCUUGUUCCAAACCCAACCAAGGAAGUCCCUCCCUCCAAAUCCCCUCCAACCCCUGAAAAGGUUGCAGAUCCUGGGGUUGAAAAACGUUCAAUUUUGGAUGCAAUUGACAGAGAUGCUGCCCUUGCAAAGGUUGAAAACGAGAAAAAAUCGGCUUUGAUCAAAGCCUGGGAAGACAAUGAAAAAACCAAAGCAGACAACAAGGCAUAUAAAAAGCUGUCUACUAUUGAAGCAUGGGAGAACACAAAGAGAGCAUCUGUAGAAGCUCAGCUAAGCAGAUUGAGGAAAAGAUUGAAAAGAAGAAGGCAGAAUAUGCAGAGAAUAUGAAGAAUAUGAUGGCUGAAAUCCACAGGGCAGCAGAAGAGAAGAGGGCGAUGGUUGAAGCGAAAAGAGGUGAAGAUUUUCUCAAGGUGGAGGAGACAGCUGCGAAGUGUCGUGCUACUGGCAAUAUACCAAAGAAGUUAUUUGGAUGCUUUAGCAGCUGAUGUUUUGUCUAACAGUUGGCCUUGUUCUUCUCAGGCCUAACUUAUUGAUCGAGUUGGGUAAUAUUUUGGUAUAUUGGUCUUUGAAUGGUUCUUUUUUGGGGUGCAUAGUGUGAUGUCCUUGUGUGUGUAUAAGUGAACAAAGGUUCUUUGAAUAGUGAGAAUGAAGUUGGAGAUUUUGUACUAGGUGAUUGUGUUAUGUGGAGGUGCUUCUUCUCCUAUGUACCUAGUCUAUUUUUUGCAUGCCUGUAUUAACAAGAGAACCCUCAUCAGAGACUUUCUUAUGAACUAUGUAUCAUCACCAAAAUCGUUG